AAUCGUAAAUAUUGAAGUUGGCAUCAGCAAAUCUGAAAUGAUGGAAAUGGUGAGGAAGAUGUUUAAAUGCCUUCCUGAGCAGGUGAUGUCCAUCAGCACUGGACACAGGUGUUACUACCUCAUUGGGAGCAGCAGGCAGGAAACAGAGGACUGGGUCACUGUGCUAUCUUCAGUCUGCAAGGAGGCGAAAAGUGGUGGACGCUGCCCUCAGAACCAAGAUCUUCCGAAUUCAGAAGUCAGAAGCCGGACUUCCUCUUUGCCACUGUUCUUAAAUUCUAUAGAUAUGACGAGUUUCCUGGAAAGGCAGAGAUGCCAGAAGGAGAAUGGUUCCUCAGAAGGCAAGAACAGGCCUAAGUCAGAUCCUGGCCCUCAUCAGGCUCAGUGUGACUCACCAAGAGGAGUUUUUCCAAGUCUGGAUAAAACUCCAGAAAAGUGUGAGGAAAAUCUGCCGUCGUCAGAUACAGAUGAAGACAUCAAAAAGGAUGAAGCUUAUUACCAAACUCCCAGUAAUAUUUUAGCAAAGUGGAAUACUGAGGUACCAAAGCCUGACCCUACAGCUGGGUUUGAUGCGCAAGAGAAACCAGUGCAGACGAACCCAGUACAGGAGAACAUUUAUAUGCCAAUGAAAUCACUUAGGUUGCUGGAUGAGAGCUGCCAGCUCACAUGCAGACAUGAUGGGCUCCCAUCUCCUCCCAAACGCCAGGACAAUAGCACAUGUCCAGGAGACUUGGAAGCAAAAAAAGACCUAAAAUUCCCAGAAAGCAGCGCCAGCAGCCUCCAGAAAAAGCAAAAUUCAUCACCACUGUCAGUGGUUCAGUUGUCUAUACUGCUCAGCCAAAUUAAAGAUGAGACCCAGCUGCAGAAGUUGGAUAUUUUCGUCCCCUUGGCUGAUAUUAACACUUACCUAAAACUUACUGAAGCAGCAGGACAAAUAUGUGUCUCCCAGUGGACUGGUCCUCACCAAGUGGGAUGUUUGUUUAACCACGGGGACCAUAUAGUGGCUGUGAAUGAUCUGCAACCCAGGAACGUGGAGGAGGCUUACUUCUUCAUCAGCAGGUCCACCAGAAAGGAGGUGAAGCUUACUGUUUGUAGGAUUCCACAUUCAGAUAUCUUCCAUGUUAAAGGCUGCUCAUGUUCCUGA